AUAGCGUCAGCGCCGAGCGAUCAGCUCGUCGGUGGCGUGCGGCGCUGCCUGGUAUCUGUGGCGAUCGCCAUGGGCUCGACUCCGCCUGUGUUCAUCGGCGCCGAGGAGGUGGAGAAGCACCUGCACCGUGCCAGCCUCCUGCUGCCGGCGCUGGAGGCUGCCCUGGCCAACUUCUCUGCCGGCGCGGCGGGAGGCGUCGUGCAGCCCGUGCGCACCGUGGUGCCGGUGCACCGGCACGGCGGGUACCUAGGAGUCAUGCCUGCCUACAGCGCUGUAGAUGAUGCUCUGACAACCAAGUUGGUGACCUUUUAUGAGCACAAGAAGGAUUCUUCUGUCCCUUCGCACCAGGCGACCAUCCUCUUAUUUGACCCCAGAAACGGCUCUUUAAAAGCUCUCCUAGAUGGCAGUGUCAUCACAGCCAAACGAACUGCUGCGGUUUCUGCCAUUGCCACCAAGUUGCUGAUGCCAGCUUCUGCUGAAGUGCUGUGCAUUUUGGGAGCUGGUGUGCAAGCAUACAGCCAUUAUGAGAUCUUCACAGAGCUGUUCACCUUUAAAGAGGUCAGGAUAUGGAAUCGCACCAAGGAGAAAGCAGUGAAGUUUGCCGCCGCAGCCAGUGGCCCGGUGCAGGUCUGCUCCUCUGCUCAGGAGGCAGUCGCUGGGGCUGAUGUGAUUGUGACAGUCACUAUGGCGACUACACCAAUCCUGUUUGGAGCCUGGGUGAAGCCAGGUGCCCACAUCAAUGCUGUUGGAGCAAGCAGACCAGACUGGAGAGAACUGGAUGAUGAACUGAUGAAGAAUUCUGUUCUGAUUGUGGAUUCCAGAGAAGCUGCUCUGACAGAAUCAGGAGAUGUGAUAUUAUCAGAGGCUGAGAUUUUUGCUGAGCUGGGAGAAGUAGUGAAGGGCACAAAACCAGCCCUGCCUGAGAAAACAACAGUGUUUAAAUCGCUGGGGAUGGCAAUCGAAGAUACAGUAGCAGCAAAGUUUGUUUAUGAGUCCUGGUCAGCUGGUAACUGAAGAGAGAAGAUGCCAACGAGGCCAAGAAAAUUGAUUGCACUCAGUCCCCUUGGGUAUCCUGUUGAGCAGAAAGGCACCACUCCUGUCUGAAUGCAGCUCUUCUAAUACAGUCAAGAAUGGAAAUUCAAAUAUCAGCUAAUUAGACUAACUUGUGUAGCUUUCUUAUGGCAAGUGUUAGAUAUCUGCAGUAUUACUAAUGAGCAUAUCCCAUGUCAUGGCAAGUACUAGAUGUUUGCAGUGGCACUAAAAGGGUCCUUGUAUGCAUUUGGGUAUCAUUCUGGCACAGGUACCUUUCCUAAUUCUUGGUGUAGCAGAAGUCUGUGGGUAGAUUUCAUGGUUACAGAGAGGUGGAUCAUGCUGGGGUGAAAUACAUCAGCUUGGAGAACAGUCUCUGGCAUCUUAUUUACCUGUGAUGGUACUUUGAAUGUGGCUUUCAGAGGUACCUUGAUAGUCUCUCCUGGAAACACAGCCCAUCUCUGACCCUUGGACACCACUUCCCCUCCAACUCAGACUGGAAUCUGGGUGUCACUAUCCUUGUUUCUACCCUCUACAAAAUUGCCCUGCCCUCAGACUCAGUGGUUUCAUUUAAGAGCACACCUUGAGUGGGAAUUGAUAUAAAUAAUGAUGCCUCCACACAGUCACAUUUCUGCCUCUUUUCAGAGAAGACCUGGCUCAGGGAGAAGCAGAGUGCAAAAACCCUGAGCUAAUACUCUGUACAUUUUAGCUAGGAGGAAAUUGCACUCAGUACCUCUCAGCAUAUUCCUGAGUGGGAUAUUGACACUUUCAUAUUGCAAGGAGUCACCCAAGAUGUGAGCACUAAAAGAAGUGGGUUUUGACUUGACUAUAUCUGGGGGGGGAUUUUUGUUUGUAAUCUUGGGUGUUUGUAAGUUUGUCUUCCUAAACUUCUUGAAGGUUGGAACUGUGGGAAUUGAUUACAGUAUUGCCUUUAUAAAGGCAAGUAUUUUCAGCUUGGCUGUGCCAUGGGUCAGUUGUUAAUGGUUCUUUUACCCCAUUGCAUCUCUGCUGGGGCAGGAACUUCCAUGGUCAUUUCCUGGUGGAUGUUCUACCUAAGAAGAAGUUGUAGUUCUGUGCAACUGGCUUACAAAAGGUUGAGCAUCUGCUGACACAUGGCUGUUGCCCCAGAAACAAAUCCUUUCAUGCAGGCUAUUGAGUGCUCCUUCUCCCCAUGGAAGGAUUAGAUGACGUGGUGAUCCUGUACUGAUGUCAGUAGAACACAGUGGAGCAAAGGGAAGGAGGCUCGGAAGCAGUUAGUGUUGAAGCCCUUGAUGGUGUGUAAGUAAGUACAGAAGAGGUUAAUGAGUACAGGGCAGUUGUGACAUAAAGAAUACUCACAUUAUAAGCCUGGUGUCAACUGGUUGGAAUAAAGUAGUCAGUGGCAGAGUUUUAGCAUGGAAGUUUUAUCAGAGCAGUAAGUGAACAGGGCUAAAGGAUGUGUUUGUAUGAACAGAAUCUAACUCCACGCAGCAGAAACAAGAACAGAAAUUUCUCUGUGAGCUUUGGGGUUUGUUUAAUGGUAGCAAAUUACCCUUCUGUUGUUACAUGUGUGGUGGUGUUGUUCUUGAGUUCUGGAGGGCUCAGAGGUGUGAGUGUUGCUGAACUAACAGGCUGAGUCAAUAGAGAAUGCCAUUAGCUUAAGACAAAUGUGACAGCCAUCGAUGUUCUGUAAUUCAGCAACUACAGAAACCUGCACUUAGGACAGCAUUACCCAAGUUCUGUGCCUGCACAAAACAAGGUUUGGCAUUUGAAGUGAGGCAGUGCUGGGAAGAAGACAAAUACAGUUGAUUUCCAUGUGUGCUCUUCUGCAGUGGAUGUGCUUCAAAAGCAGAUGGAGCUGGUCCAAAAGCCUGGAUCUUGGCUUUCCUUUGCCACAGGACAUUCUGAGAGCCUGUUUUCAGCGUUGUGCCUGUUGAUUCAUGAGGGGGAUUAGAUCCAAUGAAUGGGAUUUGCUUGGAUACUGCCUUGAGACUUAUUUUUUAUUUGAGAGAAAAUGAUAGCACUCCCUUCUAUGUUUCCUUUUCUUGGCAAUCACUUUCAAGACACAUGUAACUUGCAUUUAUGUUCUAAUUAAAUAGAUAGCACUGGU